GAAGGGCCAAACCCUGACUCCAGCCUUGACUCAGGCCCACGCACAGCCCCAGGCCCGCAGCAGCCUUCUGGUGGGAACCCUCCUCCAGAGGAGCCACCCCCCAGUCCAGGGGAAGAGGCUGGCCUGCAACGGUUCCAGGACACAAGUCAGUACGUGUGCGCAGAGCUCCAGGCCCUGGAACAGGAGCAGAGGCAGAUAGAUGGGCGGGCUGCUGAGGUGGAGAAACAGCUGAGGAGCCUCAUGGAAACAGGUGCCAACAGGCUGCAGGAGGAGGUGCUGAUUGAGGAGUGGUUCACCCUGGUCAACAAGAAGAAUGCUCUCAUCCGGAGGCAGGACCAGCUGCAGCUUCUCAUCGAGGAGCAGGACUUGGAGCGGAGGUUUGACUUGCUGAGCCGGGAGCUGCGCGCCAUGUUGGCUAUUGAGGAGUGGCAGAAAACCGUCGCGCAGCAGCACCGAGAGCAACUCCUGUUGGAGGAGCUAGUGUCACUGGUGAAUCAGAGGGAUGAGCUGGUCCGGGACCUGGACCAAAAGGAGCGAAUCGCUCUAGAAGAAGAUGAGCGCCUGGAACGCGGCCUGGAGCAGCGACGUCGCAAGGUGAGCCGGCAGCUGAGCAGGCGAGAACGCUGCAUGCUGAGCUGAGCCUCCUGCCUGGUUCUCGCCCUUUUCUCUGGUCACGGAUCCCUCCUCGCCAGUCCCCGAGCCUGCACCUGCACAGUGCACAGCAGAGGACAGGCGCCCCCAUGCUCCUUCAGCGAGCAGAAGCAGGGAGGACCCGGACCCGGACUGGAGCAGUUGAGCCUGCCAGGCAGUAUUUAUUUCUCCGAGUAAGAGUGAAUGUUUUGGCGGUGGCCAGGAUUCUAGGGGCAGUGCACAGAACUCUUCCCCUGUGUCUACAAAGGGAUGGCUUGGGAACUCCUCCUUCCCUUCUGUGUCUGGAGCAAUAAAGUUUGACUAGGACAAACCA